AGGAUCUGAGUGAGGAGCUGUGUUGCCGCUGAGACGCCCCACGGCAGCAGCUCCUGCUGGUUAACCUGUUAACCUUUGGCCUGGAGGUGUGCCUGGCCGCAGGCAUCACCUACGUGCCACCCCUGCUGCUGGAAGUGGGGGUAGAAGAGAAGUUCAUGACCAUGGUGCUGGCUCAUUGCUAUGGACAGUGCUAUCACCCUAUGGCAGUUCCUACUUCAGCUUCUGCAGAAGCCUCAGAACAAGCACAUGAUCUGCUGGACUUCUAAUGAUGGGCAGUUCAAGCUUUUGCAGGCAGAAGAGGUGGCUCGUCUCUGGGGAAUUCGCAAGAACAAACCUAACAUGAAUUAUGACAAACUCAGCCGAGCCCUCAGAUACUACUAUGUAAAGAAUAUCAUUAAAAAAGUGAAUGGUCAGAAGUUUGUGUACAAGUUUGUCUCUUAUCCAGAGAUUUUGAACAUGGAUCCAAUGGCGGUGGGCAGGAUUGAGGGAGACUGUGAAACUUCAAGCAGUCAGGUCAGCAGCAGUUCCAAAGAUGUGGAGAACGGAGCAAAAGAGAAACUGCCUCAGCCUGGUGCCAAGACCUCGAGCCGCAAUGACUACAUACACUCUGGCUUGUAUUCUUCAUUUACUCUCAACUCCUUGAACUCCUUUAAAAAGAAACCCUUCAAAUCAAUAAAGAUUGAGAAUCCAGCUGAGAAAUUGGCAGAGAAGAAAUCUCCUCAGGAGCCAACACCAUCUGUCAUCAAAUUUGUCACAACUCCUUCUAAAAAACCACCAGUUGAACCUGUUGCUGCUGCCAUUUCAACUGGCCCAAGUAUUUCUCCAUCUUCAGAAGAAACUAUCCAAGUGUUGGAGACAUUGGUUUCUCCAAAACUGCCUUCCCUGGAAGCCCCAAGCUCUGCAUCCAACAUGACUGCUACUUUUACCACCAUACCUCCUGUUUCAUCCAUACCUCCUCCUUUGCAGGAACCUCCCAGAACACCUUCUCCACCGCUGAGUUCUAACCCAGACAUCGACACAGACAUUGAUUCAGUGGCUUCUCAGCCAAUGGAACUUCCAGAGAACUUGUCACUAGAGCCUAAGGACCAGGAUUCAGGUUUGCCAGAAAAGGAUAAAACAAAUAAUUCAUCAAGAUCCAAGAAACCCAAAGGGUUAGAACUGGCACCCACUCUUGUGAUCACAGGCAGUGAUCCAAGUCCCCUAGGAAUAUUGAGCCCAUCUCUCCCUACAGCUUCUCUUACACCAGCACUUUUUUCACAGACACCCAUCUUACUGACUCCAAGCCCCUUGCUCUCCAGUAUCCACUUCUGGAGUACUCUAAGCCCUGUUGCUCCCCUGAGUCCAGCCAGACUGCAAGGUGCUAGCACACUUUUCCAGUUUCCUUCUGUACUGAACAGUCAUGGGCCAUUCACUCUUUCUGGCCUGGAUGGACCUUCUACCCCUGGCCCAUUUUCCCCAGACCUACAGAAGACAUAACCUAUGCACUUGUGGAAUGAGAGAACCAAGGAGCAAAGAAACAGUGACAUUCAUGAUUGCUUUUGAAGUGAGCGAUUGGUAGUUCUACAGUGUUGAUAAUAGACUUGUGAUUUUUGCCAUUUCCCAUUGAAACACCUUUUUAGGAUUCCCUUUGAAUAAGACUCAAGUGGAACUGUGUAUAAAAAUGCCUUAAUUGGAGUUCAAACUCCACCUCCCUCUUCUUUUUUUCUUUUUUACUAUUUUGAGCUUUGUGCUAAAGAAAUUUUUGGUGGGGUUUAGCAGCUAUGCUUUGCAAGAGCCAUUAAGAACAGAGUUACUCUGGCUAUUGGGAUCUUUUGGCCAGAGAAAGAAUUAUGCCUAGAGUCUGUUAUUUAAAGAAAUAUUAUUAGUUAAAUGAA